AUGGAGCAGAAAGCCUUUGAUGAUGAGGCUAUGUCUAAAGAAAAUGUUUACAAGGGGUGUAGUGAGUACCAAGCCGGCCGUGAACGUGUCGAAGACAAAGAGCGUCCGGGGCGACCAUCAACCUCAACCGACGAAGCUCACGUUCAACAAAUCAAAGAUUUGGUGUUGAAAACCAGUCGAUUAACAAUUAGAGAUCUUGCUGAUGAAGUUGGCAUAUCGAAAGGCUCAGCCAAUACCAUUUUGAAGGAUGUUUUGGGCCUCAAGCGCGUCAAAUCUCGACUGGUACCGAAAACAUUGAAUUUUUUGGAAAAAAGGCGCCAAAAACUCAACCCAUAUCGUUCCGCACCAACCACCGUAUUCACCUGA